CUUCUCUCCAUUUCGGCCAGACCGCGGGGCACAUCGUGACUCUUUUCCUCUACCACUCGUCAUUCAACCCCCAAAUCUCCGCCAUUACCAAUCUCCUCUCUCUUCCCUAUAUCGAGUCAUUCAUCUAAAAUCCUCCUUUCCUUCUCACAUCACCAAGCGCCAAGUUUUCCCCGCCUGAUACCCGCCAUAGUCAUCACCACCCACCAUGUCCGCUCUCGUCGAAGUCGCCUCGGAGGCCGAAUUCCCCACCAUUAUUUCCUCCCUCCCCCCAUCAUGCCUUCAGGUCCUCUAUUUCCAUGCUCCCUGGGCCGCUCCCUGCGCCCAAAUGCGCGCAGUCCUUUCUGCGCUCGCCUCCCAGUACCCCGCUACUACUCCUCCCUCGAUCGCGUUUCUCAGCGUUAACGCCGAGGAACUCCCCGACAUCUCGGAAGAAUAUAAUGUCACCGCGGUGCCCUUCGUAGUCCUCGUUCGGGACAACAAAAUUCUUGAGACUAUCAGCGGCAGCGAAGCAAUCCAAGUGCGCGAUGCUGUUGAACGCCACGCCGGUGCCGCAGCCGCAGACGGCCUCCCCAAGACCACCAUCAUUCCGCCACCGCUGACUGCCGUCCCUCGAGAGAAUGCCCCCACCACCGCUACGCAGGCGCCUGCCAAUGGAACCACAGCUGCCCCGGAAUUGACCCCCGAGCAGUCGAAAGAGGCGCUGUUUGCCCGGCUCGCGGAGCUGGUAAAGGCCGCACCGGUGAUGCUGUUCAUGAAGGGAACACCGAGCUCGCCGCAGUGUGGGUUCAGCCGUCAGCUUGUGGGUAUUCUGCGUGAGCGGAGCGUCAAGUAUGGCUUCUUCAAUAUCUUGGCGGAUGAGGACGUUCGACAGGGUCUGAAGGAGUUUGCCGACUGGCCUACUUUCCCUCAACUGUGGGUGGAGGGUGAGUUGGUCGGUGGUUUGGAUAUUGUCAAGGAGGAGCUUGAAAAUGACCCAGAGUUCUUGGGUCGGUUCUCCGUUAACAAGGCCCCCAGUGCUGCUUAGGACUAUAGAAUAUGUCAAUAAUAUUUAAGGAUUCGAUUGUAUUCGGUAGUAUUAUCCUUGUUCUUUUCCAUGUUUCUCUUCUUGCAGUAUCCAUUGCAACCGCGAUUGUUAGAGCUUGAGAUCUAGCGAGUUGUUUAUUUCGAUAUCUACAUCUUAUUUCCUUUAUUUACGUUCCGUUGAUUACACAGUACUGGAUGGUGCAAGUAUCAUGCUCAUGCGAAGUGCAGAGAGAUUAAAUUAAAAUCGGACCGAGAAUCAUAAAUUAAACCGCUUGUUUCAUUUAGCA